AUGAUUAACGUUUUUAGGCCUCAUUAUGAUAAGCCUGAACCUCCUCCCACAAUCGAGAGCCUCACGCGAGAUGUUCACUUGAAACCAAUACACUCGCACAAUGAUUAUUGGCGCCAACGGCCGCUUCUUGAUGCUUUGCUGCAUGGAUGUGUCAGUGUGGAAGGAGACAUUUGGCAUUUUGACCACGACUACACUGUGACAGAUACAACAACAUCUACAACGGCGCAAUUCCGCAAGUCAGAGGUGUAUGUUGGUCAUAACCGGAUAUUUUUGCACCCUGAGAAUACACUUGAGCAUUUAUACUUUGAUCCCAUCUACAAGUUUAUGGAAAGUGCCAACAAGAAAUUCUCAGAUCCAGUCUCCAAGGAUGUUCCUUUCAGCGUCUUCUACAAUGCGCCAGAGAUACCGUUGUACUUCUGGCUAGACUUCAAAACCGAGGGCCGCGACCUUUAUGUCCAGGUGCAGAAGCGACUCGAGCGGUUUAUUAAACACUCGUACUUGGGGUAUUAUGACAAUGAAGCGGGCCAACAUAAACCGGGACCAUUGGUGAUUACUUUAACGGGCAACGUUCCGUGGGAACUUCUCGAGGCAGAAAAAACCAAAAGAUACGUUUACGGAGACUGCCCGCUUCACAAAAUGCUCGACGCUAGUGACGAAGAUAUGGCCAAGUAUGCACGCCAAUGUGUAUUUGCCAGCGCAUCUUUGGAACAGCUUCUCGGAAAGGAGGAGCGGCUGCGUGCGGAAAGGCUGGGUUUGAACAAGAGCCAAGGCGAAACGUUAAAGAAGUAUUUUGAACGUGCGCAUAGUGUGGGCAUAAAAACGAGAAUCUGGGGUGGAGUUGAUUGGCCUAUUCAUGUACGCGAUAACCACUGGCAGGUACUUUGGGAGCUAGGAUGCGACUUGAUCAAUGCAGAUGAUCUUGCAGCGGCAGCCAACGUGUUUUAG